UUCUGAUUUUCUUCCAGGGACACAAAAAGCCUCUUUUAUAGUUUCUUCUUUUUACGCUUUUUUUGCUCAACUUUCAACAAAUGUCCAACAAGAGACAGAAGCUUGAUGAUAACGUCGAAAGCAAGUUUUAUAAGGGUUUAUUCGAGCAUGAAUCCUUAAAGGCUAUUGAAGAAUCUUUCAAACAGUCCAAGCCAUAUCUUCAUUGUAAAAUUGACCAGCUUUUUGAAGAUGGUUUGUUGAGAAGAGUUCAGAAAGAGAUUUUACGUAGUUUACACUUUACUUUAAAGGAGACAGAUAUAUACAAAGUACUCCAGACCGGCGAUUUAGCGAAUCUUGAUGGUCUUCCUAAACAUGAACUGGAGCAAUUAUCGAGCUUGUUCGAACUUCGCAAUAGCAUAUAUUCGUCUGAGUUCCGUUCCUUCAUUUCUCAAGUAACAGGCUGCGGCCCUUUAUCUGGAUCUAAAAUGGAUAUGAGUAUCAAUUCUUACCAAACUGGCUGUCACUUGUUAAACCACGAUGAUGUGAUUGGCACUCGUCGAGUGUCGUAUAUCUUAUAUCUGACGGAUCCUGAUAUUCCUUGGCUACCUAAAGAAGGUGGUGCUUUGGAAUUGUAUCCUGUCAUAAAGAAGGGUACACCUGCAUCCGAGCCUACUGUCAGCAUCCCUCCUCAAUGGAAUCAAUUUGUAAUGUUCACAGUUCAGCCUGGUCAUUCCUUCCACUCAGUCGAAGAAGUGGUCGGAACAGGAAACCGUUUAAGUAUUUCUGGGUGGUUUCAUAUACCUCAAAAAGGAGAAAUCGGCUAUGAUCCAAAUGCAGGCAAUGAAGAAGACGUUGCAAAAUCAUCACUACAACAAUUGCAAGAAGAGCAAAAUGCGGAGGAUUACUAUACACGGUAUGCCGUUCAGAAUCCUCAAGAGGAAGAAAUUGUAGGACUUACAGAAGAUGUGCUAGUAGACCUAGCAGAGUGGAUGAAUCCCCAUUAUUUGGAUUUGAAAGUGAUAUCCCAAAUGUCGGAAAAGUUCUUGGAUGAAUCAGCAAUUCAAUGUAAGCAAUUUUUGAGUGAAGCUACCUUAGCUAGGUUGGAAAGUGCUACUAUUGCCUUGGAUAAGAAAGACAACUUGUAUGAAAAUAAGGAAGGUAUUGUUCCUCAUGGCACAGGCGUAACGAAAGACUGGGUAGUUCAAGGUCCACCACAUCAACUCAGAUACAUGAUCAACAAGAGCACAGAUAAGAAUGACGAUAUCUUUGCUUACUUGAGAUCUAAGUUCGAAUCGGAAUCUUUUAGACUAUGGUUGAAUUCGAUUGUACAAAUUCUGCCUAUUGGCUAUCGUGGUGAGGCACGACGCUUCCGUCCAGGACAUGAUUAUACUUUAGCCACUACCAACAAAAGAAGUCAAGGAGUAUUGGAUGUAACUUUUUGUACAGUGGAUAAGGCAGCUUUAUGGAAAGACGGUGACAUUGGCGGUUAUGAAUGUUAUAUGGCACCGCAUGAUGAUGAGGAAGACCCUGCUACAUAUAAAGCGGCUGAUGAGGAUGGUGCAUUAUUGACAUUACCUGCUGGGCAUAAUGAACUAUCAAUUGUUCUGAGAGACGAAGGUGUUAUGCGGUUCAUAAAGUAUGUCAGUGCAAAAUCGCCAGGAUCAAGAUGGGAUAUCUGUUAUGAAUACGAUUUACCUGAUAAAUCUGAUGAUGAAGAAGAACAAGAAGUUGAAAACCCUGUAUAUAUUCAUAAACCUCUGCAAGUAACUUCCUUUCUAUUUAUAUAAACGCUUGUAUUCCAAUAGAAAAACUGCCUA